AUGCACUCUGGUCCCCCCCCAAAGCCAGAUUGGGUAAAAUUGAAUUUUGAUGGGGCUUCCAGAGGCAAUCCUUGCCCUUCCGGAAUAGGCUAUGUCAUCAGAGAUCAAACAAGAGCAAUUAUCGAGAAAAUGACAAAGCCAAUCCCUCCAGACACCAAUAACAUAGCAGAGUUCACUGCUCUACUACUUGGCUUGAAGGACUACAUCAACCAUGGCCUCAAAAAUGUUUCAGUGGAAGGAGACUCGAAGAUAGCAAUAAAUGCUAUAAGGAAAAAGAAAACCCCCAACUGGAGGCUCCAAUCUUUAUUGGAAAGAAUCCUAGAAAAUUUGAACAGUCUUGAACACUUUGAGGCAAAACAUGUCUAUAGAGAAGCAAAUGAAGUGGCGGAUGCCUUAUCAAAAACAACAGCUCAAGGCACUUUCAUUCACUGGUGGUCUCAGGGCAUUUAG